AGACUGAACGCGGUUGUGGGUGGGGAGGAUUUUUUGUUUAUUUUCGGGGCAAGCUAGCCAGUAAACGUAGCUGUUAGCUCACAAUAUCCUUCGUUAUAUGUUUAGUUUUACACGUCGGAACCCCAAAAGGAGAGCCCAUACGGCUGAUUUGAUGUUGAAUCAUUUUGUGAGGAAGCAGACAAUCAUAGAGAAAGGUGAGCAAGCUCGCGUCAUGUUGUAAAGGUCUUUUAGCAUUAGCUGUUAGCGUAUGUGCUAGCUAGCAAAAAAAACAACAUUAAGGUUAAAAGGCAUACUAAAUAUACCCAAAAAGCCUCCCAAUUAUUAUUUCUGUGGCCAGCGGCUCAACGUUGCAAUUCGGCUAAAUCACGGUGAGUUCUCAAAUCAGUGCAAUGAUAAAAAAAUCGUCUUCUCGUGAUUAGCUAUAGCUCAGCACAGCUAACGGUAUUAAUGCAAUGCUAGCUAACGGACACAUAGCAGCCCAAUAUUUGGUGCACCAUAAUUGCUAACUUAAUGCCCCCAAACAGUAAUACUGUGACUUAACAUGUCGAUUAAUUUUAAUAGAUAGUAAUUAUAACCGAGCAGCGCGUUUAAGAGCAGGCUUAGAUACUUACAACAGAGGCAUUGUUAGUAGGGAUACGCUAACUGACCUGUGUUUAUUAGCUAGCUCCGAUGCAGAUGAAGGCUAACGAUAGCCGUGAAAACACCCUGUUAAAACAUAACCAUACCCAGUUAUUGUGUUCCUUUUGAAGGAAUAGAACAACAACAAAACAGUAAAUACAGUUUUUGGUAUUACCAUGAUGGAAAGGGGUGCAUUUCAGAGGAAAAACAAUGUCAAUAUUCGUUAGAUAACGCCGAGGGACGGUUUCCUCGAUGACUGAACUGUAACACAGAGGUUGUCGAUCUUUUAUCAAGCAAUAAGAGCAAAAGUUACCGUUAUUGUUACUGUCCUUCUGCACAAUAUCACAUUUUAUGCAGUCCAUAACUGGGAGAUACCUAGAAAACCUAUUACAUCGUAACACACCGGGAGCCACAACAUUGUCAACACCCGAGCAGUCAGUUGCAAUGUAAUAUUGCAGCUCUUCCAUCAGUUCUACCUUCAAGGUGUAUAAUGUUAUGGCUGUUCGGAGUAGAUGUGUUUUUAAAGUUUCACAAAUAGGGGGGAGUGUGGUAAGUUUAGCCAAAAGUAAGUUGAGCCACCCUCUGUUGCUUGGAAAUGGUAAAAUAAAUUGUUCAUGUUACCAAAUAUUUAGGAGAUGGGCAUCAAUUCAUGGAGUCUGUGAAGGUUAGAAGCACAUGGGUGAAGGGGUUAGACAUUUAUUUCCAAAAAAAAAAAAACAUUUUUCACUCUUGAAAGUGAAUUUAGUCUGUCCGAAGUUUUAUUAGAAUUGUGUUCAGACCUAAAAAGAUCAUUUUAAAUUUGUUUUAUACAUCAAUUGUGGUAUCUAUGAGCUACAACAUGAGGUCAAAAACCUAGCAUAAAAGUUCACCAUUUUAGCUUAGAGGACUAAUAAAGUCAUAAUAGUUGAUGAGUUGAGCCAGUGGCUGAACUCAGAAAGUAAAGGAGUCUGAUGAGAGGAUCAGAGUUUCAGUUCAGAUUGUUAAAAUGUUUUACUUUUUCUUUUCAACAAUACAGCUGUGAAUGUUCUGAAUCACUUAAAGGCAUUUUCAUGUUAAAAUGGCUUUUUACAAAACAGCAGUUAUAUGCAAUAAUGAUAAAUAGAUUUAUUGUACCUGUAGAACAGCGUAUAAUAGAUAAAAAUACAAAUGAAUGUGAAGAAGUGACAGUUAUUUAGGGAGAGUCAAAGUGAGGGAGGGCUGGGGGGUGGAGUAGGUGGGGUAAGUAGGGAUACGGCUCAACUUACCCCGCUCCUGUGGCCCACUUAUCCAUACACGGGGUAAGUUGACCAUAGGAGACCACUUUUUUUGGCAUGCUAUAUUUUCAAGGCAGUUAUGUUUACACUCAUUCUGUUGGUUUGCAGGGAUGCACAACAUCUUCAAAUAUGCAGAUACACUAGUUAGAGACAAAACUAUGAUUGCCUUGAUGUAGUGAUCCGAAGUAUGAAAAAUGGCUCAUCUUACCGCACUCUCCCCUGCUUGUUAUUUUUGUUCAUAGGAGAAGUUGGUUAACUGUAAGAGUAAACCACAAUCUUUUGGGCACCUGGCAUCAUGGCGAGUUGAAACAUAUUUUGAUACUGAGCCCACCGUCAUGCAGUGCAAACUUGGUCGUCCAACUGUUUGAACUCCCAGGUAUAAGUUGCUUCUGUCUCUGUUUUAGGUUGGCAAGCUUGGCCAGCAUUGCACCAGCAAUACGUUUACUGUGACACUCCAUCGGCAUAACACAUACCUGGAAAGCCUCCCCAAGGCUGAAACCUAAGGAGCAAGAUGUCAAUCACAAACACUCCCACUAGUAAUGACGCCUGCCUGAGCAUUGUACACAGCCUGAUGUGCCACAGACAGGGAGGAGAGAGUGAAAGCUUUGCAAAGCGAGCCAUCGAGAGUCUCGUCAAGAAGCUGAAGGAGAAGAAAGAUGAGCUGGAUUCCCUGAUCACAGCCAUCACAACGAAUGGAGCUCAUCCAAGCAAGUGUGUAACCAUACAGCGGACCUUAGAUGGACGCCUACAGGUAUAGUCGCACAUGUGCACUGCCAUGCUGGUUUAGAGUCACAUUCCUGGUCUGCCUAUCUCAUGAGAUUGCUCUCUUUGUGCUUCAGGUUGCUGGACGUAAAGGUUUUCCUCAUGUUGUCUAUGCACGACUAUGGCGAUGGCCUGAUCUACACAAGAACGAAUUAAAACAUGUGAAAUAUUGCCAGUAUGCCUUUGACCUGAAAUGUGACAAUGUUUGUGUCAACCCAUACCACUAUGAGAGGGUUGUCUCUCCAGGCAUUGGUGAGUAAAACCCACAUAUUUGUAAGUCACAUUCGAUCUAAUCAAGUUUAUUUAGUUGCUAUUCAUCUUACAUAAAGCACAUUUCAUCAUCUCAUCCUUAAAAAUACAUCCCUACUUGAUAGAGUGAUAUUCCUGUUUUCUUUUUGUGUCUUUUUAGAUUUAUCAGGACUGACUCUCACAGGUUCAGGUAUGUUUGCGUCAAAGCACUCCUGUUUGCAGGUAUGUAAAAUGCCCGUCUUAUGUAUUGUUAUUGUCUCCAUAUACUGUAGCUCCACUUUUGGUGAAGGAUGAGUAUGACUACGACAACCAGCAAUCUCAUUCGAGCUCUGAGAGCCACCUGCAGACUAUACAGCAUCCUCCAUCAAGGCCUGGUCCUCAGGAGACCUUCAGCAGCCCAGCCCUACUUCCACCGACAGAGGGUAGCAGCUCAGCUUCAACCUCUGCUUUUUCCACUAUCAGUGCUGGACCCUCAAGUGAGACAUAUAUAUGUUUUUGUCAGUCACAACUGAGCGAAUAUAAUAAUAACUGUAAAUUUUGUGUCGUAAAAGUGGAUUUAGGUUAUUUUAAACCAGCUAAGUAGUCAUCAAAUUUAUCUCGACAUGAUUUUUGGUUGAAUAAGACCUUACUUUUGGAAACUAGGUGUACUAUACAGGCCUACAACUGCACAAGUUUUGCAUCUCGAAGCUCUUUUUAUUUUCAGAUGCUGCCCCCAACUGGAGCAGAAACAGCAGCUUCACCCCUGCGGUACCUCAACACCAGAACGGGCAUCUACAGCAUCAUCCACCCAUGCCCCACACAGGACAUUACUGUGAGUGGACAGAAAGCAUUAGAAACUUCAGCAAUACUCGCUCUAAACCUUUCCAGAUGAUGCAGACAUAAUUCAUGAAUAAAUUUCCUUUUAUAAUCUAAUGGAGACAAUGUACCAUGAAAAAAAUUACUCUGACAAUUAGAUGUGAAGCGAAACAUUCAUCGCUGUGCCUAGAGGAUAUUAUUAACCUUCAGAAAUUAACAACUGAUUUAAAGACACAGUAACUCAGACAUAGGUAGACCUAUUUGUUCAUUUUUUAACUUUGAUAGAUUAGGCCCUUUUUUUUCUUGCAUUAGAGACAGAUUGAUAGUCAUACUCAAAAUUUAAUCCUGCAAAAAAAAUAAAUGAAUAAAAAGAAAAAGAUUUGUACAGUAAAAGAGGCAAACUCUAUGAAGAGAAAAAGAGCAAUCAAAAGCCAGGCUCAAAAGGUCAAAUAGAGAAAUAUCAAUGAGUCACACGCCAAUAAAGAUAGACCAAAAAGGCCAAGAAAAAAGUUAAUAAAUGAUUCUAUUAAAAGGUCAGUAAAAAGAAAGACUUAGAAGUUAAGUGAAAUCAAUAGAUGGACUGCUCUGUCAAAACCCCAUUCUGUACAUUUUGUGUAAUCUUGUCAUCCUCAUUGUCGCCCUGUGUGAUCUGUGUUCAUUGCUGGGUUAUCUUUCACACAUAAAGAGCUGCUGUGGUUUCAGAAUUGGCUUGUAUCAAAAUGAUUAUUGACCUGUUUUCACAGGGCCAGUUACCAAUGAAAUUGCAUUCCAGCCCCCCAUUUCUAAUCACCCCGGUGAGUAUCGAGCUGCACAUGGAGGACUGUCCACACAUCUUGAGUAAUCAGCGCAACACAUUUGACCCGAACUUGCUUGUGUUCCAGCUCCAGAGUAUUGGUGUUCCAUUGCGUACUUUGAGAUGGACGUCCAGGUUGGCGAGACGUUUAAGGUUCCAUCAACAUGUCCGAUCGUGACUGUUGAUGGCUAUGUUGAUCCAUCAGGAGGGGACCGCUUUUGCUUGGGCCAGCUGAGCAACGUCCACAGGACAGAGAAUAUCGAGAGAGCCAGGUACUCUAUCAUUUAAAAAAACAAACAAACAAACAAUAUAUUACACACAAAUUAAAUGUACUCUCUGCAUCUGGGUUUAAUAGACUGUAAUGCAAUGGGUCUGUAUGUUUCACCUGUACUGUGUUCACAAAUGUUUUCCUCUAUAUUUUGUGUCCCCAGGCUUCAUAUUGGCAAAGGCGUGCAGCUGGAGUGCAAGGGUGAAGGAGACGUCUGGGUGCGCUGUUUGAGUGAUCAUGCGGUUUUUGUGCAGAGCUAUUAUCUGGAUCGAGAAGCAGGUCGUGCCCCUGGAGAUGCAGUUCAUAAGAUCUACCCCAGCGCUUACAUCAAGGUGCGAUUGCGGUACACGUUGAAAAGCAGAAUGCAGAAAAAAUCAUGCAGAUUUGUGUCUUUCUUUGCAUUCCCUACGCCUAAACACCUUCACUGACAAAGGCUAGAAUAUGAAUAAGGUUGUAUAAAGCUGUCCUUAAGACGAUAAGAAAACAGGCUUAAAAAUGCCCCUUUUUAAAAUAAUGAUCCAGUCAAACAUUAUAAAGGAAUCUAAAGACUUUAAGAGAGUCUUAAGGUUUUAUAACUGUGUAUUGACUUUUUGUGUAAUAGGGCUGAACUUAAAACAUGUCUCACCUCGGGUCUGACGAAUCACAGCUCUGUAAUAUUAAUCCCAGAGUUACGACAACACAUGCCAAGCUUCACACUUAAAGACCCACUCCGAUGAAAAUCACGUUUUUCUUGUUUUUUUAUAUGUUCAUUUUUCGGCAUUUUUCUGACGCUACAAGACAUAUCAUGAGAAAACUAAAUGCGAAAUUGCUUUUCUGAUUAUUUCUUCAUUCAAAUCGCUGUGAAUCUCUGGCAGACCUAAACAGCAGGUUCAGAAACAGAGAUUUCAUAUGUAACCACUCCAAGCUCCGCCCCCAGAGCCUCCUUAUGCAGGCCACACUCUGCAUAUCGAGGAGAAAUAGAGAGGACGAAUGUGGAACAAGCGUGUGCGUUAGCAGAUUGCAAUGCUCGUAAGAAAGCUAAUUAUGAUUUUAGCUUUCAUCGUGUCCCUAAAGACAUUGGUGUCUGAGAGCUGAAUAGCUUCUGUGUUACCUACCACUUCUACUACACCGGCAAUGUUAGGCAAGCUAAUGUAAAGACGAGUGUUCAGAGCAGCGCUGUCUCCGCCCACGACUAUGAGGAAAAUUGCUAAUGAUCUACUGGAGCUCUGCUGAAGAAAAGACCUUUAAAAUGAUACAGGUAACGCGAUUUUGGGUAAAAACAAGUUAAAGACCACUGAGAACUUUUUAAGUGGUAAAAAAAAAAAAACAAUCGGAGUGGGACUUAGAGUUUUAUUUUUUUAUUUUUAAGGAAAUAAAAACACGUCACUGUAACUUUGUCCACGCUGUGAACCAUGUCAGUUUGAUUUAAACCACAUAGUAUUUUGAGACACUCACAUACUGCUGUGUUCCAUUAGUAUCAUCUUCAGUCAUCAUCAGACUCUUUGCUUGUCCCCUCGGCAGGUGUUCGACCUGCGACAGUGCCACAGACAGAUGCAGCAGCAGGCAGCCACUGCUCAGGCAGCAGCUGCAGCUCAGGCAGCUGCAGUGGCCGGGAACAUUCCAGGGCCUGGGUCCGUAGGCGGCAUCGCUCCAGCCAUCAGUGAGUUUUUUUUUUUUUUUUACUGCUACACUUGACCUUCAACCAGAGUAUAAUGAUGACUGUUCUCAGCUGUUUUAAGUAUUCGAAGUCCAGGGGAAUGUCAGGGUUUUUCUUGCGUUGAUGGAAGCUGUGGAUUAUGAACAAGAGAAAAGCUCGAGAUCAAUAAAACAAGAGGCUGAAUUUUCUCCACAGAUAAGAAGCCAAUGUAUUUCAGUGUUAUUGGACAUACAGUACUGUAGGCAAAGUGCAUCCUGUGCACAUUACUGGUAGGAAACUGUAAAUAUUGUAUUAAGAUGCAGUUUUAACAUGCAUUAAACAGAACAAUUAGACCCUGCCCUGUAUGCAGAAAGCAUAAAUAUUCUAUAUUGCAGAACUUCUUUCACAGAAAGCUCAUGUGCACUUAGCAGGAAACAUUGCUAUUGAAGUGUGUAGCAAUGACAGUUUUAAAGUUUUGGACAGUGGUAAUGAUUUUCCACACAUAGUUUCAGGAUCUUAAAGUGAAAGCCGAAAUGUAGUUAACAGUUGUAGCCUCAACAGAGUGGGAGAUGCCUGAAUGCCAGAAGUACUUUUCUCACUUUGUCUAUCGAGUGUUCUGUAUGUUUCAACUUCUGCUGCUAGAGAAACUCAGCCGAUAUCGUCUCUGUGAGGUUUGGCCUAUAGUCCCGCAUCGAUCUCAAUGUUACUACCCAUACUUCCCCUGCAGGUUUGUCUGCCGCUGCAGGCAUCGGGGUUGACGACCUGCGCAGGCUGUGCAUCCUGCGAAUGAGUUUCGUGAAGGGCUGGGGGCCUGACUACCCACGUCAGAGCAUCAAAGAGACGCCCUGCUGGAUUGAGAUCCAUUUACACCGAGCUCUGCAGCUGCUGGAUGAAGUUCUGCACACGAUGCCCAUAGCUGACCCUCAACCUCUUGACUGAGUUAAAAGACACGAACUGCACAGAAAAAACAAGAAUAUCAGACUGUACUUUUAACAGACCACUUCACCUAUAGAUCUGGAAAGUCGAAGGAUUGCAACAACUGAGAUGCUGAGUAGGUCAGAGGAGGCCGGCAGUAUACUCCAAACACACUGUAGACUCAAGUGAGACAACUCAGUAAGUUCUCUGACUGUCUCCAAACAGCUGCAGGAACAAGUGAGUCACUCUGGGAGGAGAUGUUGUACAGUGGAAACAUACUGCCAAGAGGAUGUGCACACAAAAAAAAAACCACAAAACAAAACAAAGACAUUCUGACAUUGUUCAAGAAAUGUUCCGCAGGAGGUGAACAAGGCGAAGCCUCUCAAGUUGAUACAAAAGUACUUAAAGAAUUGAAGGUACCUACAAGAUAAUGUCCACUCCGAGAUGAAAAGGUACAUUUGAAACGAGUGCAGCGUUUCACAAAACAGAUGCAUCACCAAGAAGAGAAAUGAUUCAUACUUGGCCUUCAGUGUUUUUUGUCAGCAUAAACAUUUCAAUAUGUGACACUUACUGAGCCCCCCCCCCUAAAAGGGAGAACUUGGGCUCAAAAAGUCCAUCUGAGCACAAUCAGGCGCCUUGUUUUGAAUUAUUUACCUUCUCAAUGUGUUUCCAGUUGGAGUAUACUGCUGGUCUGUUCCUCCCCUGGUGACUCUUUUGGUUUAUGUAAAUGAAGCCCCCCCCUCCUCUCCUCUUACCCUCCCCCCUCACAGAUCAGGACAUUAUGUAAAGUCAUGUUAUUCAUUACUCAUGUUUUUGUAAGAUGUAGUCUUGGAUAUUUUUCAAUGCUGACUGUACUUCUUUUUGUUUCAUUUAUAUUCACAUGUUCGGUAGUUGGUUUUUUAAUCCCAUAAAGAGUCCCAUUUUUAGCUGAACUCGAUUCUCAUCCAGCACCAUAAAGCAUCGUAGUUUCAUUAUUCCUCAACCAGUCAGGGCUGUAAGGAGAAGUGGCGUUUUAUACUGAAGUUUUUCAAGCCUCAAAUUAGAUUGACCUUAUUAAAAAAAAAUCAAGAAUGAUUAUCGUAACACAUUUACGUAAUAUAAUUUGUAACUGUUUUUUGAUUUGAUGCCCACCUAGUGUCCAUUAGCACUUUAUUAUUAAUUUGCCUGAAUAUUUUGUCUCGUUUGAUAGUGUCAUUCGUGGCUACUUGUUGUAUCCAUUUGAUCUUUUAGCAUAGGUGUAAAGUUUUUCUCGCUAACGACAUUGUUGAGAUCCAUGAAAAUGUGUUUUGCAGCAUCGAUUACCCCCCCAAUAGCAGCUAGAGAGGCGUGUUAAACUCGGUCAUGACUCUCAUGAACCAUAGUUUUUUAUCCCAUCUCAAACUUUGAAACAACCACUUUUCAACCCUUGAGGGACUCUUGGAUGCUCAGAAGACACAUUUUGGAUGGAGAAUUGUUUAUAUGGCCACUCUUUUUAAAUUAGAAGAAUACCUGAAUGACAGUUAUGUGACGUUUUCUAGACAACAGCUGAGUAAAGGAAGCAAGGAAUGAACUGUGAGAGGAAGUUUAAGCCAUAUCGAUGCCAAAUAUACAUCUAUGAAGAAGUGAGAAGAUUAUCAGACUGAAGUCAUGUCAGUGUUACGUUGCUUGUUGAAGCUUGGUUUUAAUCUUCGAGAAAAUUCUUUUUAGUUUUCGCUCAGCACUAUUGAUCAACUAUUUUGGUAUCUGGAGCUCUGUUUACCUACCGCUGUUACCGCAGUAUUUUAUACUCUUUUGCUACCGUUACAGCUAGAAACCACUCUGGUCAUAUUUGAAAAUGUAAAAAGAAAGAAUAAUGCUGUAAAAAUUUUCAGGAAAUGCAACUUAAUACUCAUCUCUAUCUUUAUGUCAUACAUACUGAGUUUGAAUGAUAUUGGUGUUUACAUAUAUGAAUAUGGUUGAAUAAAAUGUAAUGGGCUAACAGAUUUUAGAGUUGUGAAAUUAAUGAGGAAAAAAAAAACAAGACUUUCAACAAGAAAACGUUUAUUUACUGCAAAGACAAGUCACAAAUUUUAAGAAAACAACACUAAGAAGCUAGCCUGAGCUGAGAUCUGAAAUAUUCAGAAAACCAAACUACAUGUGUCUUUAAUAGUUUCUAUAAUUAUCAAUACGACACACUAAAUGAUAAUGUCUUUAUAAAUAUAAAAGUCCCCCAAUUGUCCUCAUUUUUUGAUGUAAAAUACACAAUACAAAUCACCCUACACGCAUUGGUUUGCUUGCCAAAUUUAAGAAGAGAAAACUGAAUGGCACACGAAAGGAAAGUCACAUGAAAUCUGUUUGGGUAUAUAUUAUAUUAGGUACUAUACAUUAUCCGAAAAGAAAAGAAAAAAAUGAAGGAGAAAGAAAUCACAAAAGCACUUUCGCCAAAUAUAUCUGUUCACCAAAAAGAACAAAUCAAAUAAUAAGGACACAAAUAAAUAGACUUUUUUUAGUUUUUGAUAUAUACAUAUUUUUGUCCAGGGUGAAUUAAAAAAAAAAAGAAAAAAAAUCAGAAGUCCUCAAAUGCCACUGCCAA